AUGGAUAAACAGUUCACAGUGGUGUUUCGAAAUGUGGGGCAACUGUACUUCCCCCAAACCAGAGUGGAGUGCCACUACAGUCUGACCUCUGACCAUCAGUGGAGCAGCAAAGACUGGAUAGGGAUUUUUGAGAUGGGCUGGUCUUCAAUGAAAGAGUAUUACACAUAUACAUGGGCUCUUGUUCCUGAAGGGUACACCGAGGGAACCAGUGUAAACUGCUGUGCACUUUUUCACGCAUGUUACCUGCCCCGUCCCAGUACCGUGGAGUACCAGUUCGUGUACGUGGAUAAGAUGGGUAAGGUGUGUGCCCGCAGUCGACCAUUCACUUUCUGUGCUCCCAAGCCGCUGGAGGAGCUGGAGACUCUGAAAGAGGAACGAGACGAGGAGGACGGCGAGGAGGAGCUGCUCCUGGUCAUCCCCAGGGCCCAGCUGCUGCAGAGUCGACUGGAGGAAUGCUUAAAAAAACAAGCCGAUUUACAGCAGGCUCUGGACGAGGCAAAAGAGGAGAGAGAGAGUGAGAAAGAGAACAGCAGAAAAGAAAGGAUGGAGUGGGAGAGUGAGAGAGAAGCAAUGACGGAGGAAAUCUCAGAGCUUAAGGACAACCUGAGACACAAGUGCGACAUGUUGAAGAAGAUGGAGGGAAAACACAAGGAUGUGAAGUAUAGUCAGGAAAAUCUGACCUCUGAACUGAGUAAACUUAUGGCCGACAAGGCUCAGAGCGAGCAGCGAAUCAAAGACCUGGAGGACGAUGUCACAGUUCUGACUGACAGGGAGAAAGAGGGAAACAUGGAACUGGAAAGGCUGAAGGAGAGAGUGAAGAAAAUGUCCAGUCAAAUGAAACACGAUGAGGAAAAGAGAAAGUCUCUGCAGGUGGAGAACGAGGCUGGUCUGGUGGAGGUACGAGGGCUGCAGGAGCAUAUGGAUGCUUGCGAGCACGUAGCCGAGACCCUGCGCAGAGAGCUGAGGGAGCUGGGCACCCGUCAGGCCCACACUCAGACCGAGCUGCACCAAGCCCGGCUGCAAGUGGCCCAGCUCACCCUGCAGCUGUCCGAGGAGAACCUGGUCUUCAGGGAGGAGCGCGCCAACUGGGCUCUGGAGAGAGAGGCUUACAAACACGCAGCAGAGGCCGAGAAAAACAAAUUGCAAGAAGUGAGCUGUGAGGUGCAGAGGAAGGAGGACUGGCUCCAGGAGGAGAGGAUGGAGAGGGAGAAACUAGAAGUAGAGCUUGGGAGAGAGAGAGAUUGUAAUCGAGUGCUGCUGAGUGAUGCCAAGCGAGAGCUGCAGGAGCUGAAGGCCAGUCUGAGGAAAGCCCAGAUGGAGAGCGAGGAGCAGCAGCUUGAGAAACAGGACCUGGUGAACUACAUCUGUCGGCUGGAGCACAGGUUGGGGAUUGUGCCAGAAACUAAAUCAAAUGAAGAAAUCGCCAGAUCUAUAUCUCCUGACUCUUCCUCUGAGGAUGACGAGGAUGCUUCCCCAGCUUCCUCCAGAUCAAUUUCUUCUCCUCUCUUCCUGUCCGCUCACCUGGAAUGGUCCAACGGAGAUGAGAUCCCUGCUGAGAUGCACAUACAGAGCAAAAAAGACACACCAGUCUCCGACACACAGGAUGAGACGAAGCAGCGCUGCGAGCCCCGAGCAGGAGAAGGGAAGCAACUGAUCCUACCAGAACUCAUCAACCCCAUCCUGAGUGAGCUGGCUGACUCCCCCAUGUGGUAACACAGAGACGGAUGGCUGAAUGGCAAGCUGCUUGUUUACCACCGCAAUGCACAUUCAUGAGAAACCCGGGUAACAUUUUGAGAUCAUUCUAUUGUUGUUUUCUAGCUGUUCAUGCAGAUAAUGGCCUUCACAAAGGUCACGAUGUAGAUCCUUUACCUUGUGAGUGCCUGAAUUCAAAGAAAACAUAGCACAAUUUGUCAGUGUUAAGUGUUUGUUUUAUCAGCGAGGCUAAUGGUUUUUCUUACUGGUUUAGAAUUAAAACUCAGGAUGAACACUGGGAGAUCAUAAGAUAUUUUUUGUCAGCAUAUGCGUCUCAUCUUCAUGUUCAC